GACCAUUUGUUGAUGCAAUUUGUUUCGCUUAUAAAUACACAAUGAGCUUGUCUCUUGGCAACUGCGAAAUAAUCGAGGCGAAAAAAGAUCCGAGCAUCACUUGCGGCCCUCAAUCAUCGAAACCACAAGACAGAGAGCAAAAGCCUCCCUUCCAAAGAAAGCCGCACAGCAAAUAUUUAGAAGAUGACAUCAACAAGCUAUUCGAGUCCAUCAAUCUUCGGACAUCCAAAAGUCUCGAUCUUUCAGACUGGCCAAGAAAAGCAUCAAAGAAGCCUAUUCGAGCUGCCGGCUCUCAGUCACCGGCUUUCGGGUUUUCCGAGACCGUCUCUUUAAAACAAGCCCUGAGAGGAAUGUGCAUUUCUCAGGCUGCCGAGAUGGCUGCCGUCAAACGGCUCUCGAUGCCAGCAUCUCCAAGAGUUUCGGAAGCCAGAAAAUCGUCAAAUUUGGUUCAGGCGAAUGAAGAUUCGGUUUUCAAGCGGGUUUCUGAAUCAGGCGAUAAGAGUCUUGAAUGUGUGUCUCGUGUGGAUUUUCAAGAGUCAAGUCAAAGUCCCCGUUCUUUACCUGCGAUUGUAGUGAUUAACGAAAAGCAAACACCGAAUGAUCUUAGCGACACUAAUGGACAUGAUCCGCAAGUUGAUAGUUCUUCUAGUAAUAGUGUGUUGAAGCCGGAGAAAAAGGUUUCGAGCCCGAAUAAGGUAAAUGGUCAGAAUAAAGUUGCGGCGAACAAGGUAAAACGGAAACCGAAGUUACAGAACGUACCCUCGUCGUCUAGUUCUGUGAAAAUCAAUAAAGACGUGAAGUCAACUCGAACGGCCUCGUGUACAGUCAAACCUGCUGUAAAGAACAAGACCCUCGUUAUAAAGAAACCAAAGAAAGUAACGAUAUCCAUGGCUAGAAGAAGUGCAGAAACACCGCAUGAGGAAAAAAGCAAGAGCCCGGUUCAAAAUCAUGCGCCAUUAAUCUGCCAAAAUUGUCAGUGUUCUAUGGAGUAUACGAAUAAAGAGCCCGUCAAGGAUGAUCCUCCAAUAAUAACCAACACGACCUCGAAAUCUGCGGAGAAGGCGGAUUUCUCACAAAGCUCAAAAAGCAGCAUUUGUGAUUUUAGUAGUAGCACGACAAGCCUCAGUGAAGACAGCAGCAGCUUAAACGGGUCCACUUGGGGCAAUAGGCCCCACAUGUCAAAAGACAUAAAAUGGGAAUCAAUCAAUCGUAUAAGAAAGCAAUGUGGCUUCUUGGGACUGAGUCAUUUUAAUCUGCUGAGAAAGCUUGGCUCUGGGGAUAUAGGAACUGUUUAUCUUGCCGAGCUAAUUGGCAUGAACUGCGCGUUUGCUAUAAAAGUUAUGGAUAAUGAGUUCUUGGCAAGAAGGAAAAAGACGAGUAGGGCUCAGACAGAGAGGGAGAUUCUUAGAAUGCUUGAUCAUCCUUUUUUGCCGGCGCUUUAUGCGCAGUUUACUUCAGACAAUUUGUCCUGUUUGGUUAUGGAGUUUUGUCCUGGAGGGGAUUUGCAUGUACUCAGACAGAAGCAACCUGGCAGAUAUUUUCAUGAACAGGCGGCAAGGUAUGUCUCCUGCUUCGGCCCGAACCUCCUCUCCUCCGCUGCCAGGGCCCGUAAACUCAAGGACGAAGCCUCCGCGGGCCGGGCCCGGGCCCUGCCGCAGCUCGUGGCCGAGCCCAACGAGGCCCGAUCCAACUCGUUCGUCGGGACACACGAGUAUUUGGCUCCUGAGAUCAUUAAGGGGGAAGGGCACGGGAGUUCGGUUGAUUGGUGGACGUUUGGGGUUUUGCUUUACGAGCUUUUGUAUGGGAGGACGCCGUUUAAAGGGUCGUGUAAUGAGGAGACGCUGGCGAAUGUGGUUUUGAAGGGUCUGAGGUUUCCGGAGAGCCCGAUGGUGAGUUUGCAGGCCCGGGAUCUGAUUCGCGGGCUUUUGGUGAAGGAGCCUGAGAACAGGCUGGGGGCGGAGACUGGGGCUGCGGAGAUUAAGAAGCACCCGUUUUUCGAGGGGCUGAAUUGGGCGCUGAUCAGGUGUGAGGCUCCGCCUCAGGUGCCGGAGUUUCAUGAAAAGUUCAGGGAAUGUGGUGAUGGUGGGCAUUUGGAGUUCGAGCUGUUC